AUGGCGCCAAAGCUCUGCGUCAUCUGCAACGCCGAGCGAGCAGUCUUGCGUCGACCCAAGACAGCCCAGCAAAUCUGCAAGGAAUGCUUCUUCUACGUAUUUGAGACCGAGGUGCAUCACACCAUUGUCUCCAACAACCUGUUUAAGCGCGGAGAUCGCGUCGCAAUAGGCGCUUCUGGUGGCAAAGACUCGACGGUGCUAGCGCAUUGCAUGAAAGUGCUCAACGAACGAUACGAUUAUGGACUUGAUCUUUUCCUGCUCAGCAUCGAUGAAGGCAUCACUGGAUAUCGAGAUGAUUCGCUCGAGACGGUCAAACGCAAUCAGCAGCAGUAUCAGCUGCCACUGAAAGUGCUCGGCUAUGGAGAGCUAUACGGCUGGACGAUGGACGAUAUAGUCAAGAGUGUCGGGCGGAAGAACAAUUGCACAUUCUGCGGUGUGUUUCGUCGGCAAGCGCUCGAUCGAGGUGCAGCAGCGUUGGGAGUUGACCAUAUCGUCACGGGUCACAACGCGGAUGAUGUUGCAGAGACAGUUUUGAUGAACGUUCUUCGUGGAGACAUUGCUCGACUCGAGCGUUGCACUGACAUUGUCACCAAGGGACCCGACGGAUCGGAAGACGACCAGCAUCAAGAAGGCUGUGGGUCCAGUGGAUCCAACGGCAUCGGCGUAGGAGGAAGCGGCAUUCGACGAAGCAAACCUUUCAUGUACGCUUACGAAAAGGAAAUCGUCAUGUACGCCUACUUUAAAAAGCUCGACUAUUUCUCCACGGAAUGCAUCUACUCGCCUAAUGCGUACCGCGGAUACGCACGAACUUUCCUAAAGGACCUAGAAGCCAUUCGACCUUCAUCGAUCGUCGACAUCAUCCAAUCCGGUCAGAAUCUUAAGGUUUCCCAAGUAGUAAAGCAGAGUCGAAAGACGCAACUGCAAAACUGUCUGAGAUGUGGGUACAUUUCAAGUAACACGGUCUGCAAGGCGUGUAUUUUGUUGGAGGGGCUGGAGAAGGGGACACCGCAGUUGGGCAUCGGUAGUGAAAAGUCCAGGAAAAUCAAGGACAUUAGGUCGGAGAAUUCCAAGGAGGUAGAAAAGGUAUCAAUCACUGCCGACGGAAAGGAGAGGAAGGAGAGGAGGAUUCCACAGUGGACCGGAGUCGCCAAGGAUGCUCCUCCGAUCAGCUCUUUGCCGUUUGUGCCGCCUCAGCAUAAGGUCGAUCUUAGCUUUUGA